GAGCGAUGCUCGGUCAUUGAUUCGCGUGUGCUGCGAUAUUUACAAGUUAGGCUGAUAUUUUGCAGUCAGGUUGAUUUAUCUAUUUGUAAUGAUAUAGGUGGAUUGUGGUUGUAUGCCUGAGUGUAAAACGAAGCAAACAGUAGUACACUUGUACUAUUAGAUGAGUAGCAAUCCAAUACAAUGAAUAGGCAUUGCAUAGCUGCAUAACCGGCAUAGGCAUUGCAUAGCUGCAUAACCGGCAUAAGCAUUGCAUAGCUGCAUAACCGGCAUAGGCAUUGCAUAGCUGCAAUAGCUUUUUGUGAACACCCGCAGCAACAAUCACUGUAUUACUAGUACUAGGCUUCAUUCGUUCUCAUGCGAGAACGUUUGCGUGUGGGAACAUGUUGAACGGCAUGCACAGUGACAACUGCAAGCCCCUGCAAAUCUCAAAUUUUGACGCAGUGGGUUUUGAUUUAGAUCAUACGCUAUGCAAGUACAAUCUAGUCAAUCUGUUUCACCUUACUUAUGACAUUGCCACUAAUCAUCUGGUGGAAAAGUACCACUAUCCACAACGAUUAUUGCGGACAGAGGGUGGCAACCAUAAACUCUAUGAUUUCUAUUUCAAGGGGUUGCAGUUGGAUGUGAAGAGGGGCAACUUUUUAAAGUUAUCACAGAAUGGUCAUAUUCUCAGGGCAUCACAUGGCACUCGCAUGCUCAAUGAUGAAGACAUCAUUAAAGCCUAUGGCAGGAAAAGAAUCUGGUCAGACUUUGAGAACUACAAGAAAAGUUUGACGGAGCAUGGAGUUUCAGAAAGAUUGACUGAAAUGGCACUGAAACGAUGCACCGCAAAUGUCGACAGUACAGUUGGAAAACAUCAAGUCAUGAGAGCUGCUGAAGAACCCGAGACUAUGACCAAAGUGAAGUACAGUAAUGCAAGAAAAUUGUCGGUGGAUCUUCCGGCCAAGCGUCGGCAGUCUAUGGCAAUGCACGGCCACGAAAAGAAUGCAACUGUUGUAAACAUUUCAUCUUCUGUGGACAUCAUUGAAUCUCACAAUGUACCAGUCUCUCCCGGUGCCAGUAGAAGGAAAGAAAUUAAGUAG